UGUAAUCUGUCUGUCAUGGAUGAAAUAGGUGGGACUUAAAUGAGUUGUUUGCAUUUUGCAGACCCGGCUGUCUGCUACGUCAAACAUUCAUCCUUUUUCUUUUCAAAUCUGGUUUUAUUCAGAAGUAGUUGAGUUAUGAACAAAUUCUUUUAAGAAGUCAUUUAACCGGUAUAACUCACAUAUACUUCUUCCAGUAGUCUUACAUUAGUACUCUCGCGUAUCAUCUAAAAAUGUGCGGAAUCUUUGCAUACUUGAAUUAUUUGGAGCCUCGUACUCGAAAAGAAAUUUUGGAGUUUCUAAUUAGAGGUUUGCAGCGUCUAGAAUACAGAGGCUAUGACUCUGCAGGAGUUGCUAUUGAUGGUGAUGCUGUUGGAACAUCUAUUCAAAUAAUCAGACGAAGUGGAAAAGUGAAAAUGCUUGAGAAUGAAAUUUGGGACGCUACUGAUAUUGAUUUUAGUCAAGAGUAUGAUUCCCACGUUGGAAUAGCUCAUACUCGUUGGGCUACUCACGGUGCUCCCAGUGCAUGUAAUAGUCAUCCACAAAGAUCUGAUCCUUCAAACGAAUUUGUUUGUGUUCAUAAUGGCAUUAUUACUAACUACAAAGAUGUCAAGAAAUUCCUGCUGAAUCAUGGACACAAAUUUGAAUCUGAAACAGACACUGAAGUUAUAUCAAAAUUGAUUCUACACCUUCAUCAAAAUAAUCCUCAUUUGUCUUUUAGAGAACUUGUUGAACAAGUUAUCCUGCAGCUGGAAGGUGCAUUUGCUCUAGUAUUUAAAAGUAAAAAAUAUCCAAAUGAAUGUGUUGCAACUAGGCGGGGAAGUCCUUUGCUUGUGGGCAUUAAAAGCAAGACUACUCUAGCUACAGAUUAUAUUCCUGUAUUAUACAGCAAGGAUCUGGAAAAACAGAGCAUUCAAGAUGACAAUCAAAACUCAGAUAUGCGCUCUCAUCAAACCUCCCCCUUACCUGCUGGUACAGUGCAAGCUCAAGGUAUUCCUCGAUCUGAUUCCACCACAGAGUUUCAUCCAACUGGUGAUGAUAAAGAAGUGGAAUAUUUCUUUGCAUCAGAUGCUAGUGCUGUGAUUGAACAUACUAAUAGAGUAAUAUUCUUAGAAGACGAUGAUGUAGCAGCUGUUAAAGAUGGAAAUCUGACUAUACACAGAAUGAAGCGUACACUUGAUGAGUCAACUGCAAGAGAAAUUAUUACUCUUAAGAUGGCAAUUCAAGAAAUAAUGAAAGGCAACUAUAGCUCCUUCAUGCAGAAGGAAAUAUUUGAGCAACCAGAAUCUGUGAUUAACACAAUGAGAGGUCGUGUCAACCUAGAAGCUGAAACAGUUGUGCUCGGAGGCAUAAAGGAUUACAUACCCGAAAUCAAACGAUGCAGGAGACUUCUUCUGAUUGGAUGCGGUACCAGCUAUCAUAGUGCUGUUGCUACCCGUCAAAUUCUGGAGGAAUUGACAGAAUUGCCAGUGAUGAUUGAACUUGCAAGUGAUUUCCUUGACAGAAAUACCCCUAUUUUUAGGGAUGAUGUAUGCUUCUUCAUAUCUCAAUCCGGGGAGACAGCUGAUACAUUGAAUGCUCUUCGUUAUUGUAAGCAGCGUGGUGCUUUAAUUGUUGGAGUCACCAAUACUGUUGGCAGUAGUAUUUGCAGAGAAAGUCAUUGUGGAAUCCAUAUCAAUGCAGGUCCAGAAAUUGGUGUAGCCAGUACUAAAGCUUACACAAGUCAGUUUUUAUCUUUAGUGAUGUUUGCUUUGGUUAUGUCCGAAGAUCGUAUUUCUAUGCUUUCCAGGAGAAGUGAAAUUAUAAGAGGUCUUAAGAGUCUCCCAGAUCAUAUUAAGGAAGUUUUGAAAUUGGAUGAAGAUAUCAAAAAAAUAUCUGAAGAGUUGUUUCAUCAAAAAUCUGUAUUGGUUAUGGGUAGAGGCUACAACCAUGCCACUUGUCUUGAAGGAGCAUUGAAAAUAAAAGAAUUAACGUACAUGCACUCUGAAGGUAUUUUAGCUGGUGAAUUGAAACAUGGACCUUUAGCCUUAAUUGAUGAUGCCAUGCCAGUUAUUAUGGUUGUAACAAAAGAUCCAGUGUAUUCAAAAUGCAUGAAUGCAUUGCAACAAGUGAUAGCUCGUGGAGGAAGACCUGUGAUAAUUUGUGAGAGGGGUGAUACUGAAACUCAGUCGCACGCUUUCAAAUUUUUAGAAGUGCCUCAUGCAGUUGACUGUCUUCAAGGAAUUUUGACUGUUAUACCUAUGCAAUUGCUUUCUUAUCAUAUUGCUGUUUUGAGAGGAUGCAAUGUUGAUUGUCCUCGUAAUUUAGCAAAAUCUGUUACUGUUGAAUAGGAAAAUCCUUUUCCAUCAAACAUUCAUCUAACAACUGGAAGAUAUUUUAAAAUAUUCAAUUUAAAGCUGAUUUGUUUUCAGUUCAUAAUUUAUCUACAUUUAUUUUUAAAAAAAUUGUAAUUUUUAUCGUUGUAAAUAUAGAUUCACUUGUUGGAAAGCAUUCAUUUCACACUGAAUUGCACUUUAUGCACAAUUAUUGGAACAAAGCUACGGGGAAUGUAAAAAGCAUUUAAUGCAUUUUGUUUGUAAAGUUAAGAAUUUUAUUCUAUUUUUUUUCUUUUUAACUUUGUGUAGCAGGGUUGUGAGUUUUUAAAAUUUGUUUAAAUUCACUGAAAAAUGUUUAAAAUUUUUACUCAAUAAAAAUUUUAUCUUUUAA